AUGAGCGGUAAAAACUACGCCAUGCCUAACCAGAAUCAAAUCGAGGCAAUUAUUGAGGUUUACUCCCCGCGCGUGUAUUUCCACCCGGACGAGGAGUACUUUCCGUGCACCGUGAAAUGGUACUUUGAAAACGGUGCCUUGCUUUACAAAAAGGGGGACGAGUCGAAUCCCGUCUCAAUCGACCAGGAAGGCUCAAACCUUCCGGAAGGCGGAGAGAAUGACGACGCUUACUGGAUUGACCUCCCCACGAAUAGUGAGGCUAAGGAGGUGGUUAAGAAGGGGGACUUGUCUAGCGUGUGUUGUUACUUGCACGUGAAGCCGAUGUUUGGCGGGACAUUCACCGAAAUAGCAAUAUGGCUAUUUUACCCUUUUAACGGCCCGGUUCGGGCAAAAGUCAAGUUCUUUGACGUCUCGUUGGGGAGAAUCGAAGAGCAUAUUGGCGACUGGGAGCACGUCACAUUAAGAGUGAGCAAUUUCGAUGGGGAGCUCAAGCGCAUGUACUUUUCGCAGCACAGCGGAGGGGUUUGGUUGGACGUGUCACAACUGGAUUUCGUGGAGGGGAAUAGGCCGAGGGCAUUUUCGUCAUUUCACGGGCACGCGUCGUACCCGAAGGAGGGUUUGGUGUUGCAAGGGAAUGGGAAUAUCGGGAUAAGGAAUGAUAGUGGUAAGGGCAAGUUUCUUGAUGUCGGGUCGAAUUUUCUAGUGGUCGGGGCCGAGCACUUGGGGCCCAGUUUCGUGGAGCCUCGGUGGGUGAACUACCGGAGGAAGUGGGGCCCGAAGAUCGAGUACAAGACUAAGGAUGAGAUGAAGAAGGUGGAGAAGUUGUUGCCUGGGAAAUUGAAGGAUGCAUUUGAGAGGUUGAUGAGGGGCCUUCCAAAUGAGGUGUUUGGUGAAGAUGGGCCAACUGGGCCUAAGGUGAAAGAUAGCUGGGCUGGUGAUGAGAGGUCUUAA